AUGGCUACCCGCAUGGCAGACGAUGCUGCUGACGCCACGCAAGAAUCUGAUUCUGAGGCUGCUCCAACAUGCAAGAUAGUACUCCAUGGCUUGCAGGGUGAGAGAAAGGAGCUCAGAGAUGUCCCUCUCCGGGAGACUUUUGCUUCCUUCUGCCGACGUGUGCGAGAAGUGACAGGUGCGUUCCAUCAUGGGCAUGACGUUCAGCUGGUGCAUGGAGCUAAAGUUCUGACAGAGGCAAGCUCGACACCGUUAAUUUCUAUGAGCUUGUUUAACGCCACCGAUACUGACGUCGAGCUGACAUACCUGUUCAAAGAAGUUUUACUGGACCCGGAGAAUCUCCACAUGGGCUUCACAUCGGUGCCAGCAAGGGACAGUCCACCGCCUGCGUUUGAUCAAGCGCUCUUUAAUGGCCAGCGGCGCUGCGUCGAGUGGGCCAGGGAGGUGCAAGCAUCCCGCGAGAUGCGCUUGGAGCGGUUGGUGGUAGCCGUACCUCCGGGCAUGUCGGAAGCCCAAUUGUGCAUAGGCAGCCGCCAACGGCUCCCAGGCGAGAUUGCUGAUGCUGCCUGGGGCCGCGCAAUGGAGACCAGCCCUGGGCAAACCUUGGUUUAUAUGUACGAAGGCCAAGCGGACAGCUAG